GGAGGGCUCACCCAGCCUGACACUUCCUAACAGCUGGAGGGCUCUUAGCCGGGGGGUGAGGGUUCUGCUGGCAGUUUCACUUUAUACUUAUUAUUUGGCGGUUGUUUCCCCUUCCCCCUCCCGGGGGGUGGGGUAAGGAUGCCGGCUGAGGCCCAGGCCGUACCCCUGCCCCUAGAGGACACGAUGGAGGAGAUUGUGCGGAGGGACCUCCUGGCCGCAGACCUCAGGUGCAGCCUCUUCAUGUCGGCCCUGCAGAGCUACCGCCGGGACUCGGUGCUCAGGCCCUUUCCGGCCUCUUACUACAGCGGGGACAGCAAGGACUUCGAUGGGCUGCUUGCUGAUGCUCAAAAUCUGCCAAAUUUAAAACAGUUGCUACACUCUGGAUUAAACCCACAUAAAAGGACCCUAGAACUUCUCAGCUGGGCCUGUUUGUCAAAAAACCUGACCAUCAAAUGUUUGGGGAAAAAGGGGUAUGAAGAAAUCCAGGAACUCACUGGGUUCACGACACCCUCUGCUGCUACUCCCGACUUCUUGUUUGAGAUUGUUUACUGUGAUCAGAUGAAUGCCAAGUUUGAGGAAACCAAAGGAGACCGAGAUCUCAUCUAUGCAUUUCAUGGGAGCCGACUUGAGAACUUUUAUUCCAUUAUUCAUUGUGGUUUACAGUGUCACCUAAACAAGACGUCUCUCUUUGGGGAAGGAACAUAUCUUACCAGUGAUCUGAGCUUGGCUCUUUUGUACAGUCCUCAUGGUAAUGGCUGGCACCAAAGCAUUCUGGGACCUGUCCUUAGCUGUGUUGCAGUUUGUGAGAUCAUUGACCAUCCUGAUGUUAAAUGCCAAGUUAAAGGAAAAGAUGCCGGUGGCAUAGAUCGCCGAAGAGCAAGAGUCCGAAACAGUGAAGGUGGGGAUGUUCCACAAAAGUACUUUGUGGUCACAAACAACCAGCUCCUGAGAGUAAAAUAUCUACUCAUUUAUUCUGAGAAGUUGCACCGAAGGAGACCCACAAAGCAGCCAUCCUGGAUCUCUCAGCAUAGUUUUGUAGUGAUGAUGAUGCUGUAUUUGUUGCUGCUGAUAGCUAUUGGUGCCUGUAACUCACCAACUUUCCAGUAUUACUGGAAUCGAUUUCUUGAAUCAAAGCGAUGAGUUUGUUGCUGCAGUGUUGUUUACUGCUCAAAACACGGACAUGCACUACACUACUUACCUGAUGCCUUAGACACCGAUUUGCAGAAAGGCACAAGUUUGGACCAAGAAGAAUUUCUUUUUCAAGAAAAUAGAUAACUUGCUGUGCCAAGAAUGUUGUUUAGAUUUGGAAUCCCUGUGCUGUUUAAUGGUUGUAUUUAGUUCUGAAUAGUCUGCACUUUGUGUUGCCUAUGCGUAUUGGCUGACUACAAGGAAAUGGAGCUACUUUGUUUCUAAUUUUUAACCAGACUCUGAUUUUUCACCCCUGUGCUUAAUGUGGUGCAGGCAUACAAUCACAUGCCUCUUGCAUUGGCCCCACCAAAUAGUCAGUGCAUCUUAUUGACAAUGAGCCUCUUCUACAUUAGAGGUAAUUUGAACGACUGCAUUUGGAGUUAUACUGUCAGUUUUAAAAUUCUGACCUUGGUACCCAUCAGUGAGAAGACAUCAUUGUGGCUCUGAAGUGACCCAACUACGAGAUAAAGACAUUAGGAAAGCUUUAUUUGUUCUGUUGUGAUGCAAAUCUCAUUAGCACAUGGCUUUCCUAGUGUCUUAAGAAGCCUAUUUUAGAUGUUCUCAACAGUAAUAGUUUUAUUUAUAGCGUAUUUGACAUUAAAAGAGCAGCAAUGUCCCAGUAACAGGCUCACUGUUUGUUCUCCCUGCAUUCUUUUUUAAAAGUUCCACAAAGAAACCUUUGGGGAGUAAACAAGGGCUAUGAGCAAAUAAAGAAUUUACAGUGAAUAAUUUUUGUACUAUACCAUACAUUUUGUAUCCUUGGACAGAAAUGUCAUGCAAAGUUUGAUAUUAGUAAGCUGUGCAACAGUAAUUUGCCCACUAUUUUUCGAAGCAUACAAUGUAUCCCGCAUGAAUUACAGUCAAAACUUUCUGUUUUUAAGUAUAAACUGAAAGGUUUAAUAGAUCAGAUAUGAAGGGCAGCCUUUAAGCUGUAAAGUAAGUUUAUUCUUUGACUGAAAUCACUUCAGUGACUCAGUUACCUGCAGCUUUAAUGGCUUUUACAUUAGCACCCACUACUGUAACCUAACGUGGGGAUUGUUUAUCUGUCUAUAUAAGGAAUACCAAGAGUAAUGAGUAUUUCCAGCCUGUAUAUUUUUUAAUGUGUAAUUUUAGAUUUUGUCUACAUUAACAUAUAGCAUCAAUAAAUUUGAAUUAGGAAAGGAGAUGUUUGGCAAACUGAUACCCUCUAUUAUUGUGAUCCUGUAUUGCUUAAUCUAAUAACAUUGAGUAUACCGAAAAUCCAGUCAAAGCAAGAUUUGCUAUUCAUCUAGGAACUGUUUGGAAUCUUAAUCUGCUUGCUUUGUUCUGGUUUCAGUUUACCUCAGCAUAUCUUUACAGUUUCUGAAUAUUUGGUUACCAAUCGGAUAUUGAAUCUGGUGUAAUUUCAAUGUUAUGUCUUUGGGAGGUCAAAUUUUGUAUUCUGUUUAUUGAAAGGGAAAUUGUUACUUAAAUAUCUUUCAUCAUUUUUACUACUUUAUAAAAAAGAAACACACGCACAACUGUUCAUCUGGUGAGGGGCUGGGUAUUUUGCUUUCAAGUCUUUCUAUAAUAUCAUUUCCAGAUUCUGAAUAUUCGACACAAAAGUCAGUUAUUUCCAGACUGACUCUCUAUUGAAAGUCAUAAUAGAAAGCUACACUCUAUCUUCUGCAUUAAUUAAAAAGGGAUCAUAUCCAGUAGCCUUUAAA